AAAUUUAACCCCUUCCAGUAACAUCGUAAGGGGUUUCUACCCCUUUCAUGAUAUUCCCCCUUUUAAAUACGUCCCAAACCCUAAAUCUCAAUUGCGCCGUAGUUUUAAAUUUAUACGCGCCGUCUAGUUCCUCUGGUUUGUAGCUCUCUCUCUCACUCUCGCUUUCUGGUUUAUAAAGCGGCUAGACGCUUUUGCUAGGGUUUUCCUGCGGUUUUCUCGCUGAUCUCGCCGUUAGUUCCAUGUUCCGGCCGAUUUGGAUGUCUCAAUGAUGAAUGGUCCCAAAUUGAGGACCGGGGUGCUUAAAACCUGGAAGAAAUCCGACAAGUAGAGAAAAUUUUGAAAGGAUAUACCUAGUGACAGAUUGGGCUAGAGAAGCCAUCAAGUAGAGCGAAGGAGGGAUUGAAGAAAAAUAAUAGUAUUUGAAGAGAGAGAAGGGGGGGGGGGGGCAUUGGGUGAGGGACACAGGGCUUGGCAGCGAGAGCAACUGAUACCUGCGAGAGAGAGAGAGAGAGAGAGAGAGAGAGAGAGAGAGAGAGAGAGCAACAUAGAUUAGGAUUUUGCAAAUGGCUAGUAGCAAAGGCCUGCCUCGGAAGCGUUUCUACCGGGCUCGAGCCCACAGCAAUCCCCUGAGCGACUCUCACUUCCCCAUCCCCAUCACCCCCUCCGAUUUCAACUAUUCCCUUCACUUCCCCCACUUCUCGAACGUUAACUCAAACUCUGAAGGCCAACAAAAAGACUCUCCUCUUCUUGUAAGGUUUGCAGACGUCGGCUGCGGCUUUGGCGGGCUCCUGGUGCGCCUCUCUCCCCUCUUCCCAACCACCCUCAUGCUCGGCAUGGAGCUGCGGGACAAGGUUACAGAGUAUGUGAAGGAGCGCAUCUCCGCCCUACGAGACGCCAACCCUGGCCAGUACGGCAACAUUUCUGUGGUGCGCACCAACUCCAUGAAGUACCUCCCUAACUACAUUGGCAAGGCGCAGCUCCAAAAGCUCUUCUUCCUCUUCCCUGAUCCCCACUUCAAGGAGAAGAACCACCGGCGCCGUGUCAUCAGUCCCCACCUGCUGGCCGAGUAUGCCUACGUGCUCGCCCCUGGCGGCAUCAUUUACACACUCACUGAUGUCGAAGAGCUUGGGGCAUGGAUGGAAGGGUGUCUUGAUGCCCACCCCCUCUUUGAGCCUCUUUCUGAGGAAGAAGUGUGUACCGACCCUGUUGCAGCGAUCUUGGAUUCAGCUACUGAGGAGGGCCAGAAGGUUGCCAGGAAUGAGGGGCAGACAUUUCGCUCGGUUUAUAGGAGGAGGGUACUGCCGCCGACUGAAUGCAGUAGCGGCUAGUUGAUAUGGAUAAUUUUUUUCUUUUCUGGCCUUUACUAUGUUGAAGAAUGUAGGAGAAGAUAAGGAUACUGUUCCUUUCUCUCCAGGGUUUCCUUCACGAGUGGAUCGGAGGUGAAGAAAUCCCACGAUUUCUGUCUUUUUGUAUUAUUUAUUCUUCAAUGUGAAAUCCUUCAUAUGAAUGGAACACAUAUUUCUCUCUUUCUCAGAUUAUUUAUUCUUUCGUUUAUUUCGUUUGAA